AUUAAUUAAUCAAUAUAAUAUGGCUUCAUUUGCUUGCACUCUUUCAUCUCCUCCUCCACCUGCCGCCGCCGCUUCCACCGUCCUCCGCCGCUCCACCGCCUCCGCGGUAUUUUUCACCUCCCCAAGAGCCGCGGGGCCGAAAAUCAGCCAAUUCGCGGCAACUAAAGCGAGGCCUAGAAUUUGUUGUGCAAUUGCCGCCCAACCUGAAACUCUGCAGGUUGUGCAGAGCACGAUCGCGAAACAGCUGUCAAUCGAGGAGGGGGCGGUGGCGCCGGAGACGAAGUUCGUGGAUUUGGGUGCGGAUUCGUUGGACACGGUGGAGAUCAUGAUGGCAUUGGAAGAGAAAUUCGGGGUUUCCAUCGGAGAAGACGGAGCCCAGAGCAUCGCCACCGUUCAGGACGCGGCGGAUUUGAUUGAGAAAGUGAAGACCGCCGCCGCCGCUUGAAGUUUAAUUAAACCGCAUAAUUACUAUAUUCGCUUUAUAUGCUAGUUUUUAUUCACUUUUGUUGUCAGCCCAAUUACAGGAAUUGGGAUAUUUAUCCUAUAUACUAAAUUACUAAUAAAAAUGAC